AAUACCCUGUUUGACAGGGUUUUACACAAAUUGACAGAGAAGCAUUAUAAAGAAAAAUUGUAUUUUUCAGUAUUUGAAAGAGCAAAAAGGCAUAACCAUGCAACUCUUGAGAGCACUGGGAUUUUUUCAUGUAAACAUGUUCUUGUUUAGUGCCACCAUUGGUACAGGGAUUUUUGUGUCUCCUAAAGCAGUAUUAAAAUACUGCUCACUGAACAUCCCUAUCUUCUUAAGUGUUUGGGCAGGCUGUGGCCUGCUGAGCAUGAUGAAUGCUGUCUGUCUUGCAGAGAUAGCAGCCACCUACCCUGUGAGUGGAGCAUCUUACUAUUUCCUCAAAAGAGCUCUUGGAUCCUCUGUUGCUUUCCUCAGUAUCUGGAUUAAAAUUUUUGCUCGUCCUCUAGGCAUCAGUGCUCAGUGCUUGGUAAUAGCUAGUUCGCUAAUCCAGUGUUUCUAUUUGGGAUGCCAAGCUCCAGAGCUACCAAAGAAAUGUCUGGCUUUGGCUAUUUUGUGGUCAUUUGGAAUUCUAAGUGCUAAAGGUAUAAAAACCGUGGCUUGGUUUAAUACUAUCAGCAGUUUGAUGAAGUUGAGUGUUCUUUGUCUCAUUUCAAUAACUGGAAUUGUGCUGUUAGUGAUUGGCAAAAAGGAGAAUGUGUCCAGGCUUGAGAAUGCAUUGGAGGCUGAACUUCCUAAUGUCUCACAGAUUGCAGAAGCCAUUCUCCAAGUGUACUAUGCAUAUCUAGGAUCAUCAGUCCUCAUCAUCAUAGCAGGAGAAAUAAAAAGGCCUGCUGAAACAAUUCCAAAAUCAAUAAUUUAUGGUCUAUCUGUUGUGACUAUGUUAUACUUACUGACUAAUGUAUCAUUCGUGGCAGUUUUGACAUCUGAGGAAAUCAUCUCUUCAGAUUCUGUUGCUGUGACAUGGAUGAACAGAGUCUUUCCUUCGAUGCAAUGGAUAAUUUCUUUGUUGACCUCAGCUUUCCUAUUUGGCUCCGUUUCUUGUGGAAUAGUUUCAGCAUCAAGAAUGUUCUUUGUCGCAAGUCAAGAUGGACAGUUUCCUUUCAUCUACUCAAUGCUUAAUGACCAUCACUCUCCAGUAGUAGCUGACAUACAAGCUGUUAUUUUAUCUUCUGUUGGAAUAAUAUCUUCAAAUAUGAUCUAUUUAGUAAAAUAUGUUGGUCUAGGAGCAUGGUGUUUAAAUUUGCCGAAUAUGAUUGGGUUGCUUAAACUAAGGUACCAGAACCCUGACCUACCAAGACCUUAUAAGGUACGGCUGCUGUUUUUAUUUGGAUCUAUAGCUUCAUCGCUCUUCCUCAUUCUCACACCAGUGAUUCAGUCUCCCAGUACAGAGCACGUCUAUCAAGUUGUGUUUCUCUUCUGUGGACUGCUGUGUUAUUGGCUUCAAGCUUACCUCAAUAGACAUGGUGUUUGUUUUAAUAGAAUCACCUGCUACUGGCAAUUACUUUUCAAUGUCUCCCCAUCUGAACACCCAGAAAAAUUAAUUCCUUCUCUAAAUCCCAUUAAAGUAGAAGUAACUGCAUAGGUAGCAGAGAAUAGCCUUGUUGGGGCACCAGGGGAAGGGGAAGCGCUUGGUCCUACCAAGGUUGGACCCCCAGUGCAGGGAAAUAUGGGGGGGGGCGGGCAAAAAGGGGACACAUAGGGGGAAUACCCAUAUGAGGAAGGGGGAGGGGAGGGAACGGCGGCUUAUGGACAGGAAACCGGGAAGGGAAAUAACAUUUGAAAUGUAAGUAAAGAAGUAUAUCUAAUAAAAAAUUUAAAAAAUA